AUGUUUUGAAAACGGUGGGCUGCGCGCUCGAAAUUAGCUGAAUCUGAACCAGAUUAAACCAUUAAACCAGAAUAUUAUUUUUAAAGUUGAUGAGUUGAACUGAAAUGGAGGCAGAACCGGGAAUUAUCCGCAAGUUAGACGAAGUCGUGGUCAACCGAAUCGCAGCUGGUGAAAUCAUCCAGCGUCCGGCAAAUGCCCUCAAGGAGAUGAUCGAAAAUAGUCUGGACGCGAAAUCCACAAGCAUUCAGGUGGUGGUCAAAGUGGGUGGUCUCAAGUCGCUCCAGAUCCAGGACAACGGAACCGGCAUCCGGCGGGAAGAUCUGGACAUUGUGUGCGAACGGUUCACCACCUCGAAGUUGCAAAAGUUUGAAGAUCUGUCGUCGAUCGAUACGUAUGGAUUCCGGGGGGAGGCCCUGGCCAGUAUCAGUCACGUGGCCCACUUGACUAUCACGACCAAGACUAAGCAGGACAAGUGCGCGUACAAGGCUUCAUACGAAGAUGGUAAGUUAAAGGGGACGGUCAAACCGUGCGCCGGAAAUCAGGGAACGCAAAUAACCGUCGAAGACCUCUUCUACAAUGUCCCCUUGCGGAAGCAAUCCCUGAAAGCGCCCAACGAAGAGUUUCAAAGAAUCUCCGACGUUGUCAGCAAGUACGCCGUCCACAACCCACAAACCGGUUUCCUGCUCAAGAAGUUCGGUGAAAACGCUGCAAUUCGAACGCAGGCCAAAUCUACCGUUGAAAACAACAUUAAACUAAUCUACGGCGGUUCAAUCGGUAAAGCCCUGCUCAAAAUCGCCAUCGACGACCCCAUUCUCCAGCUUAAAGUCGACGGUCACAUAACCGACGUCAACUUCUCCCUGAAAAAGGGAAUCUUCCUCCUGUUCAUCAACCACCGCGCCGUCGAAUCCGCAAACCUCAAAAAAGCCAUCGACAACAUCUACUCGUCCUACCUUCCCAAAGGAUGCGCUCCCUUCCUCUAUCUCUCACUGGAACUCGAUCCCAACAACGUGGACGUAAACGUGCACCCGACCAAGCACGAAGUUCACUUUCUCCACGAAGACGAAUGUGUCGAAAAGAUCAAAGAAGCGGUCGAGCGAGCCCUGCUCGGGGGAAAUGCGUCGCGAACAUUCUAUCAGCAGGCGCUUCUUCCGGGGGCGAGUGCUCCGGCGGAUGCAACCAAAGCAAAUGACACCACGCGGCUCGAUUACAAGUUUGUGCGCACCGACCACAACGACCAAAAGCUGGAAAAGUUCUUCGGGACGACGGCGGUCGCGAGGAGGGAAAGUUCCGGCGAUGUCAUCGGCAAGAAGGCGAAGCAGCGACCGGUCAAAGAAACCAAACUGACCAGCGUGCUAAACCUGCGCAAAGCGGUCGAGGACGCGUGCGAUCUGGACCUGCGCAAAAUUUUCAGCGAGCUCACCUUUGUCGGCGUCAUCGAUCGCCGGAAGGCCCUCAUCCAGUACGACACCAAGAUGUUCCUCACCUCGACUCGGGUGCUGUGCCAAGAGUUGUGCUACCAAAUGCUGCUGUUCAACUUUGGCAAUCUCGGUGCGAUUAGCUUGAGUCCAGCGAUUUCGGUAGCCGAGUUGGCCUCGCUAGCGCUGCAGGAUCCGGACAACGGCUGGACCGAGGAGGACGGUCCGAUCGCGGAGCUGGCGGAACGAAUCGUCGAGAUUUUGGUGAGCAAAGCGCCGAUCAUGAGGGAGUAUUUUGGGCUGAGCAUUAGCGAGGAGGGUCUGCUGGAGUCGAUUCCAGUGGUGAUUGAAGAUUAUACGCCGUCGGUUGUCCAUCUGGCGACGUACGUGCUCCGGCUGGCGACGGAGGUCGAGUGGGACGACGAGCAGGAGUGCUUCCAGUCGUUCUGCCGUGAAACCGCAGAGUAUUAUGCAAAGAUUGCUCUAACUAAAGAGGACCAGGAAUACAAGUGGGAAACGGAACAUGCUAUCUAUCCGGCCAUCAAACAGUAUCUGUUGCCACCGACAUCGUUCGGGAAGAACGGAACCAUCUUGCAAGUAGCGAAUCUGCCCGAACUUUAUCGAGUAUUCGAAAGGUGUUAAUUUAAAUAAAGCUUUAUUGUUCCAUUUUUAA